GCCAGAGGGACUAAUGUUACCUAAAUCAAGCCUUCAUCAUUAAUGAUUAGCUGUGGUGUCCACCAAAACUUCAGGAAUCUUACUCAAGAGUUGGUUGCAUGAUCACUGUUCUGAUGUCCCAGCUGCAGGAAACCUGAAGCUGCUUCUUCAAAAGGAGAACAGAGCCAGCUAUUCCCAGAGAGCCUUAUCUGACCAUGCGUUGGCUGCGGAAAUUUGAGCAACUUUGCACCUUGAGGGGCACUGAGGUGCCCAGCUGCCCACUCCACAUUAGUGUCAAGAAGCUGACAUCAGUACCAUGGGGCCGCCAGAAAGUACCUGCUAAGUUCAACUUUGCCAGUGAUGUAGUGGAUCAGUGGGCUGGCAUGGAGAAGGCAGGCAAGAGACCUCCUGGCCCAGCUCUGUGGUGGGUGAAUGAUGAAGGGCACGAAGUGAAGUGGAACUUCAGAGAACUCAGUGAGAUGAGUCAGCGGGCAGCCAAUGUCCUCUCAGGGCCCUGUCAGCUGCAGCACGGGGACCAUGUGGCGGUAGUGCUGCCCCGAAUCCCUGAGUGGUGGCUGGUGACUCUGGGCUGCAUGCGAGCAGGCCUCGUCUUCAUGCCUGGGACCAUCCAGCUGAAAUCCAAAGACAUACUCUACAGGCUGCGGAUGUCUAAGGCCAGGGCCAUUGUAGCUGGAGAUGAUGUGGCCCAUGAAGUGGACGCUGUGGCAGCCAACUGUCCUGACCUGAGAAUCAAGUUACUUGUGUCUGAGAGAAGCCGGGACGGGUGGCUGGACUUUAAAACAUUACUGAAGGAGGCCUCCACACAUCAUCACUGUGUGGAGUCUGGAAGCCAAGAAGCAGCUGCCAUUUACUUUACUAGUGGAACCAGUGGUCUCCCCAAGAUGGCAGAGCACUCCCACGCGAGCCUGUGCCUCAAAGGCAAGAUAGACUCCGGAGCUUGGACAGGUCUGCAACCCUCUGACCUCAUCUGGACCAUAUCAGACACAGGCUGGAUCUUGAACAUUUUGACCACACUUCUGGAACCUUGGAGUUUGGGAGCAUGCGUAUUUAUCCAUCUCUUGCCAAAAAUUGACCCACAGACCAUCUUAAAGGUGCUGUCCAGCUAUCCCAUCAACUGCAUGGUGGGUGCCCCCCUGGUUUAUAGGAUGUUGCUCAAACAGGACCUUUCCAGUUACAAUUUUCCACACCUAAAGAACUGCUUCACUGGAGGGGAAACCUUGCUUCCUGACACUCUGCAGAAGUGGAAGACCCACACAGGAGUGGACAUCCGGGAAUUCUAUGGCCAGACAGAAACGGGGCUGACCUGCAGAGUUUCCAGCACGAUGACGAUCAAGCCAGGCUACCUGGGAAAAGCCGUUCCCCACUACGAUGUACAGGUUGUAGAUGAUGAAGGCAACGUCCUGCCACCUGGCAAAGAAGGAAACAUUGCAGUCAGGGUCAAGCCCAUCAAGCCUAUAGGCAUCUUCUCUGGCUAUGUGGGAGAUCCCGAGAAGACAGCAGCCAACAUUCAAGGGGACUUUUGGCUUACGGGAGACCAGGGAAUAAAGGAUCAAGAUGGGUAUUUCCAGUUCCUGGGGCGAGGAGAUGAUAUCAUUAACUCCAGUGGGUACCGAAUCGGACCCUCAGAGGUGGAGAAUGCGUUGAUGGAGCACCCCGCCGUGGCUGAGACAGCUGUGGUCAGCAGCCCAGACCCUGUGCGAGGAGAGGUAGUGAAGGCCUUUGUGGUGCUGACCCCACAUUUCCUGUCCCAUGACAAGGACCAGCUCACCAAGGAACUGCAACAACAUGUGAAGACAGUGACAGCCCCAUACAAGUACCCCAGGAAGCUGGAGUUUGUCUCGGACCUGCCCAAGACCAUCAUAGGGAAAAUCUCCCGACAAAAACUUCGAGUCAUGGAGUGGAAGACAUCUGAGCAAACCCAGGGCCAGUGAGACUGCAGGAGCUCUCCUGGGAGUUAUCUGCAUUACCCUUUCCUUUCCCUUUGGACCUUCAGCCUUCGUGUGAGGAUAUGGGAUUCUUCAUCACAAGAGAUGCACAUGACUUUUGUCUUUCCUUAAUUUUUGGCCCAGAACAUCAUCAUGCUAGUUAUUUAAAGAAAAAAAAGAGAAAGAAGGAGGGAAGAGGGAGGCAAAUGAGUAACAGAGAAAAAAUAAGGAAGACAAAGAUUAAAACGACAAAGAAAAGCAAUUGAAAAGGCAGACAGGAAGUGACAGGAGGAGGAACAAACAAAAAUGGAAUAAAAGGAGGAAGAAAAGAUAGAAUUGGAGAGAAUUAGAAAAAGGGAAAGAAAAAAGAGAGAGUGUAUGGUCAACACAUUCAAGCCAUCUCCUCACCUGAGGGUUAUGACCAGUGGAGGGGAAGCACCAUCAGGCACUGUCCUAGAUUCAUUAGAAAACAGCUUGGUUUUUCUCUGUGUGGCAUCUACAGGUCUCAGAUCCAUUGCAGGAACAAUUUUGAGCACCUCAAAAAGUAAGUCCCUGUGGCUCAUAUUUUCAGGCCGUCUUCUCUCCCUAGAUAAGUAGUGAAAUCAUUUGAAAAUCAAAUCCCUGUUGGUAGUCUUUGGGGAAGGGAAAGAAAGGGAAAGCUAUGUCUUUCCCAUAGAGCUAGACUGGACAGGGUGUGCCUUUGAGGGAGGAAUUUUAAGCUCAGCCCCUGGCAUAUCUAGAACAUCAAGUGCAGGAGUCCAGGAAAGGGAGGGAGGUGAAGACUUUGAGGGCUUCCCUUUAACCCAGAAAUAAAAGAUGAGUCUUCCUGGCAGGAUUCAGUAGACAAAAUAAUAAAGGAAAGAUGCCCUGAGAGGCUUUGACUCUUGUUCCUAAGGUACUCAGUAAUGAUAGCAAUGAUAUGAAUACUGAUGUUAGUCAGUCACUAAGAAUUUGCCAAAAGUUAGGGACUAUGCCAAACACACACAUUAACCCCACUUACAUGUUCACAGUCAUCCUUUGAUUCAGGAAUUUUUCCCCUUUUUACAGAGGCAGUAGCUUAGACUUGGAGAGAUAAAGUAAUAGUCCCCAAAGUCAUUCCACUGAUAAAGACAGAGCUGGAUCCCAAAACAGGUUUAUCUGUGUAUGUGAAUCUUUUAAUUUCUUUGUUUACUUGUCAUUGUGUUUGCCUUCACUUUUGAUCACUGACAAAGCUCUUUUCUUACAAUCCACAUUUGUUCUGCAGUCACCAAGUUGUCUUUCUAAAAAAUAUGUUCAGGAAAAUUUUCAGUUAAAUACAGUGUGAAAAAAAGAAGAGUGUGCAAUAUCUUGUUUAAUUCUUUGCUUCAAUUGCUUAUGUUUAAGUAAACUACAAUAAAUUUUCAGGAAUUAGACUAGAGCAUCUAUGAAUGUCA